ACUAUUCUGCUCCUUCUCGGCCUCCGUAGUCGUCGCUUAGUGACGUCAUCAUCCCGGAACUGUUGUGAAUAGUGUCGCCGCUGACAGCCGGGAUGAGGGAGUCUGUGCUCCUUCGCCGUCCGUUCCCGGUCCUCUUGGUUCUUCUUGCCGGUGCCGUGUCCCAGCUACAAGCCUCCCUGAGAAAUGUUACCGGGGACGUGUUGGGCGCAGAGGCCAGGGGAUGGGUGGCGGCCUUUGGUGACUUCAAUGCGGAUAAACAGACGGAUAUGUUCAUCGUCAGAGGGGGUAAUGAAUUAAGAAUCUUUUUGGCAGACUUGAAGUCCACGCCGUAUUUCAGCCCCAAAGUCAAACUAUCAUUAGAGAGUGAAGGCCUGGUGAUAACUAGUGUGGUUCCUGGUGAUUACAAUGGAGAUUCUCAAAUGGAUGUUCUGCUGACCACUGUACCCAGUGCUAAAGCUGGAACAGAUCACCCAUUGUCUGUUGUUAUCUACUGGGGACAAAACCAAACCCUAAGUAUGAACCAAAAGUUGCAACUUAACAACACUUACCCAGAUGAGCCUCACAUUAUGGACUUUAAUGGAGACCUGAUUCCUGAUAUCUUUGGUGUUCCCACUGGAAGCCAGACUCCUCUAAUCACAUAUGGCGGGGAUCUGAUGGUGACAGGAAGUCUCGGUACAACACGUCAGAUGUUUGUUCCCCAUUCCCAUGCCUUUAUAGAUCUCACUGGAGACUUCACUGCUGAUCUUUUUCUUACAACUAUAGCAGAUGAUAAAAGUGUUCAGUUUGAGACUUGGGAAAAUCAGGGUGGAAAUUUCUCAGGAGCCACAUCCACCGCCUCAAAGCCGAAGGAUGCCAAAAUCAUUGGACAGUCUCUUUUUGCUGAUUUUGAUGGAGACGGUUUCCAGGACCAUUUGCUGCCAGUCUGUGAAGAUGACGAAUGCCUGAAAAGUGUCAUUUAUCUCAUGAAACAUGGCUCCACACAGUGGGUACCAGUGCUGCAGAAUUUUACCAAUGCAAAUACAUUAUGGGCUUUUGUACGCCAGGACUCUACACAUCUCCCAUCUCUGCCCAUCACUCUCCACAUUGGGGAUUACAAUAUGGAUGGCUACCCUGAUGCCCUUGCCAUCCUGAGGAAUACAUCUGGGAGUAACCAGCAAGCCUUCCUGCUGGAGAAUGUUCCCUGUAAGAACAGCACAUGCUCCAGGAUGUUUGACGUCCACUGGGAGAUUUCUGACCUCAAUCAGAUAAAAGACGCGAUGGCGACAACCUUCUUUGAUAUUUACGAAGAUGGCAUCCUGGACAUCAUUGUAUUAAGCAAGAGAACCUCGGAGGACGGCACCAUCCACGUCCUAAUGAAUAACUUUGAAGCUGAUGCUUAUUUUGUCAAAGUUAUAGUGCUCAGUGGAAUUUGCUCCAAUGACUGUCCACGUCAAGUAAAGCCUUUUGGUGUUAAUCAGCCAGGUCCAUACAUCAUGUACAUGACAGUGGAUGCUAAUGGUUAUCUUAAAAACGCAUCAGUUGGGCAGCUAAGUCAGUCUGCACACAUGGCCCUCCAGCUGCCAUACAAUGUCCUGGGCUUAGGGCGCAGUGCCAACUUCCUUGAUCAUCUGUACGUUGGGAUCCCACGACCCCCAGGAGAAAAGCAAAUACGGAGACAAGAGUGGACUGCCAUCAUCCCCAACUCCCAGUUGAUCGUCAUCCCAUACCCCCAUCAGAACCCCAAAAACUGGAGUGCCAAAUUGUACCUGACCCCCAGUAACAUUGUCCUGCUGACGGCCAUCGCCCUCAUUGGGGUUUGUGUUUUCAUUCUGGCAAUAAUUGGCAUCCUGCACUGGCAAGAGAAGAAAGCAGAUGAUCGGGAAAAGCGACAAGAGGCUCAUCGCUUUCAUUUUGACGCAAUGUGAUCCGCAACAGCUCGUUGGAUACUGACGCCACAAUUAUCCUGAUGAACAACAGGAAAAUGAGAUAUCUGUAUAUAUUGCACUCCGUUUUAAUUUAUUGGUGUGUCCACAAGAUACAAUGAUUUGAAGGGCAUCCAGUAAACCCAACAUAAGGAUGUCUGAUGAUAUUUUACAUUCUGUCGUGUGGUGUAUAAUUUAUUGGAAGGGAUUGUGUUACUUGAAUGUCUGGGAAUUAUAAUGUAUGUCAUCACAGCUCAGUGGGGGUUAUUUAUAAAGCCAUUGCUGUCACCCCUGGCAAGUAAUCCAAUAACUAGCCUCAACCUCCAGUUCCCGAAUAAGGGCUAAAACCUGAUUGGUUGCCAUAGGCUACUGCAUUGGUGUUCAUGCUUAUGCGUGACUCCCAUCAUCUCCCAUCAUUUAUACCUGCUAUUUUUCUGUUAUUUUGCAUGUUUGCACAAGACUAACGAAAAAUAAAGUGGCUUUUUUUAUGCUGUUAUUGUGGUGACCCAGUGGGGAAGUGUUUUGUAGGAUAGGAUAAUUAGUAGUUACUGGGAAAGCUUUGAUUUUCUAAAAUAUCUGUUGCCCACACAAAGCCAUACACAUGCAACUUGCUGGAAACUAAAGACAGUAUGGAGGCAUGUGGCACUGUGCACAUCAUGUAUGAGAUUACUGCCCAGUACAACCAGCCACAACUCAGCUUUCAUUAUUCUACUGCAGUUGUUGAAGAAAUGUAUAGGGUAGAAUUCUGUGAGCAACAAGGCCAUAAGUCCAUGGUGCCUCAUACCAUCCCACAAUAGCCAAUCAGGAUUGCAGCUUGCAACCUGUCUUAGGAAGGCUGUAAACUGAUUGGUCAUUGUCGAUAAGAGUUAUUUCUUGAAAUCUCUUACUUACCGGCAAAUGUAACAAUUGAAUUUGUGUUGCUUGUUUCAGUGGUGCAUCGGGGUUCUUAAUUCUAUACUGAUUUCCAUUUGGUUAAUGAAUGAUUUGCCAAAUUGAUGUGUAUGUUGUGUUAUGUUUGAUUGCAGAUGUUAAAGGUAUGCAGAUGCUUUUUUUUAACCAACUGCCGCUGUAAUACAGGAGGGCACCAUAACAUUGUACAGGACUUAUGCUGCGUUACUGUAUACUGCACACUAAGGAAAGCGGCACCUGCUGUAAUUGAUAACACUACAGUGGUCCCUCAAGUUACAAUAUUAAUCGGUUCCAGGACGACCAUUGCAUGUUGAAACCAUUGUAUGUGGAGACCAUAACUCAAUGGAAAAUGUCAUCCAAAAAUAGGAAAAGGUGAGAAUUAAAGAAAAAUAAGUAGAUAACUAAUAGAGAUAAAGCAAAUCCUUACAUAUAAAAGUAAUAAAGAUCUGCUGGGAGCUGUAAAUCACUGUCUAUGUCAGUGUUUCCCAACCAGGGUGCCUCCAGCUGUUGCAAAACUACAACUCCCAGCAUGCCCGGACAGCCGUUGGCUGUCCGGGCAUGCUGGGAGUUGUAGUUUUGCAACAGCUGGAGGCACCCUGUUUGGGAAACAAUGGUUUAUGUAGAGGACAGGAGCUUCUUCAGGGUCCUAUACAGUACACACACUGUCCUAAAUGGAGCCACCCUUACUUGGUGUCCAAAGGAGCAGCUAACCCCAUCACCGGUAAGGAGUAGUACAGAACUUGUAGUUCCUCCCUGUACUGUAGGGGGCGCUACCAGACAGCCAGUCAGUGCAUACGCUUCAGUAAUACAGGUGAUUUACCAGUAAAAUGCCCAUUCUGAUUGGUCAGUUCCUCCAGUUGUGACACAUUUCGCAGAUCUGGACUGUCUGUAGCAUUGUAUGUUGAGUCUGGUUUCAAGUUACAAUGGUCCAGAAAAGACCAUUGUAUGUUGAAACUAUUGUAUGUUGAGGCCAUUGUAAGUUGAGGGAUCACUGUAUUAUAAAACACAAAUAGUUAUGUAAAACAUUCAUCUCCAACCUGUUGCUCCCCAUCUGUUACUAACCUACCACUCCCAGCCUGCUCUGAGUUGUAGUUUUCCAACAACUGGAAAACAUGGAUUUAGAAGAGUUCUGACGAUAUUUGUUGUAUGUUGCUCUGUAGGCUUGCAGUAUGUUCUAUUAGGUUAUUACUGAAUUGCCUUUACUGCAUACUGAUGAAUGCCAGUACAGACUAGAAUUUGACAUUUCCAGGGACACCUUUCUGCUUUGUUCUGUUAAUACUCUUAGUAUGAAUGUUGCUGUCAAACACUCCAUUCCUGUAUUUUGUCCUGUGCGCUGAUAAACUUACGUCUCACAAUCA